AUGGAGCGAAGGAACCACAGUGGGCGAGUGAGUGAAUUUGUGUUGCUGGGUUUCCCAGCUCCUGCACCACUGCGGGCACUACUGUUUUUCUUUUCUCUGCUGGCCUAUGUGUUGGUGCUGACUGAAAAUGCACUCAUCAUUACAGCAAUUAGGAACCACCCCACCCUCCACAAACCCAUGUAUUUUUUCUUGGCUAAUAUGUCAUUCCUGGAGAUUUGGUAUGUCACUGUUACAAUUCCUAAGAUGCUUGCUGGCUUCAUUGGUUCCAAUCAGAACCGUGGACAGCUGAUUUCCUUCGAGGGAUGCAUGACACAGCUUUACUUUUUCCUGGGAUUGGGUUGCACUGAGUGUGUCCUUCUUGCUGUUAUGGCCUAUGACCGCUAUGUGGCUAUUUGUCACCCCCUCCACUACCCUGUCAUUGUCAGUAGUCGGCUGUGUGUGCAGAUGGCAGCUGGAUCCUGGGCUGGAGGUUUCGGCAUCUCAAUGGUUAAAGUUUUCCUCAUUUCUCGUCUGUCUUACUGUGGCCCUAACACCAUCAACCACUUCUUCUGUGAUGUUUCUCCAUUGCUCAACCUUUCAUGCACUGACAUGUCCACAGCAGAACUUACAGAUUUUAUCUUGGCCAUUUUUAUUCUGCUGGGGCCACUCUCUGUCACUGGAGCCUCCUACAUGGCCAUCACUGGUGCUGUGAUGCGCAUCCCCUCAGCUGCUGGCCGUCAUAAAGCCUUUUCGACCUGUGCUUCCCACCUUACUGUUGUGAUCAUCUUCUAUGCAGCCAGUAUCUUCAUCUAUGCCAGGCCUAAGGCACUCUCAGCUUUUGACACCAACAAGUUGGUUUCUGUACUCUAUGCAGUCAUUGUACCACUGCUCAAUCCCAUCAUUUACUGCUUGCGCAACCAAGAGGUUAAAAGAGCCCUACGUCGCACUCUGCACCUGUACCAGGGCCAGGAUGCUAAUGACAAGAAAUCUGGCAGAGGUGGUUAG